UAUAAACACCAGGUUUCUCUCUCUCUCUCUCCAUCUCUGUCUGAGACUCCACGUCUUGCUGCUGCCUCAGCUGAUCAUCACAACACGAUGGCGUGGACUCGUUUGCUCGCCCUCCUCUGUUUGGCCAGUGGAAUCACAGGGUUCAAAGGUCAAGAUUGUGUUUCAUCGUCGACGACAGGAGGUUGUGUGAUGUGCGACAGCUGCCCUGAUGGUUGGCUCCAGUUCAGCUAUAAGUGCUUCAUCUACUACAGCGACCACAGAGUGUGGAGCGAAGCCGAGAGCUUCUGCAUGGACAUCGGUGGAAAUCUGGCCAAAAUUGAAGACAUUGCAGAAGUAACUUUCCUCAACUCUCACCUGGAGGAGGCCACAAAAGAAGCGAAGAGAGUUUGGAUCGGAGGCCACGACAAGUUCCUUGAGGGACAGUGGAUGUGGACGGAUGGUUCCGCAGGUCCUGCGACGGGGUGGAAGCUGUGGAGUCCAGGUCAGCCCAGCGACAGCAGCAAAGCAGAACACUGCAUGGAGAUGAACUACUUAGGGGGCAUAAACGAUGACAAGUGCCAUGAAAGGAAACCCUUCAUUUGCUUCCAGCCUACGAGACCUUUUUAACGUACUCAGAGAAGUCACGUCCUGGUGUCAACGUCUCCAGGAUCUUUUCAACAAUUGUGAAGACUAUUUGGCAGCCAGUUUCUGUGUGGGUGUCUGAAAUGACUCAUUAUUUGGCAGUCCGUCUGAUCAGUAUGUGAAUAUUAUAUCUAUAGUGUGACAACUACUAGUAAUUACCAGUUUGUCAGAUUGUUUCAGCUUCUUAAAUGUGAAUAUUUCUGCUCCACAGAACAAAGAAAUCAUUAAAACAAUCAUUUAUGCACCAAACAAACACUUGAUUCAUCGAGAAAGCAAUCGACCAAAAAUACAAUAAAGCACUUCGUGUGAAAUAAAUAAUAGUA